AUGGAUCGCGCAAGGAAGCGAGAGCUCCGAGCUCUGAAUGAAAAGGCUUGGGAUGGCGACAAAGGGCUCGUGAAUGUCAGCAGCUCGCUUGACUCGUCGCUCAAGAAGAAUACGGCAUUUAUAAAAAGGCUUCGGACUGCCAUCAGCGCCGCGACUCUCUCGACGUUCCUGCAAGAGAUUCGGACUCUGAGCUUGCACAAAUAUCUGUCCGAAAUUAUAUCUGCCUGCUAUGAAGGCCUUUGUAGGCUCAAAUCUCCAGGAGAAAUCGAUGCCGCCGUUGAAAUUGUCAGCGCUCUCCACCAACGGUUUGGCCCCGCCGAAUUCACCGAGUACCUUACCUGGCUACUUGGCAAGGGCAUGGCCACGCCUGACAAGGCUAUUCUAAAGAGUUUGCCGGCAGAAGUUCGCGAGAAGGAGGAGAAAGAGCGCAUCACCCGCCAGCGUGCCCUCCUCAGGGUCAUUACAGAGCUCUGGCUGGUUGGCGUGCUGAGGACCUUGGACGACGCUACCAAACCGGACGAUGCAACCAAAGGUGCCGUCGGCAAAUCAGUGGAGUUGAAGACCCGAGGCAAUUCCAAACCCGGCGGCUCUUCAGACCCAUUUCCGCUCGAAGUACUGAAAGAUUUACUCGGCUAUGAUAGGGAGCACGCCAACUUGCCGUUGCUCGUCAUCUUCGUCAAGGCUUUCAGCUGGGAUAUUCUGGGGAUCCGGACAACCACACCUGAAAGUCGUAAAACCGGAGAAGAUGACAGCCUGCCAACCAGCGAAGAUACAACUGAACCCUCUGCCGAAGACCAACCAUUCACUCCUCCGGAGCUGGCCGAGAAAUUCAAGGAAAUUCUUAAGAAAUACCUUGACGACGUGGCCAAUCACAUUGUUCGUGAUCAGAAAUCGAUCCAUAGCCAAGCACGACGCAAUGCCGAGGCAUAUGUCAAGUCUGGAGAGGUCUUUGAAGAUAGGCAGGCCAAUUAUGAGAAGCAAGUAAAGGCUCAAGAUAGGCUCGUCUCCAAUGCCCAGGUGAUAGCCGACGCUAUCGGCGCGGAAAUGCCAAGCCUGAAGGAUUCCAACGAUCCCCUUGCAGCCUCAAAUAGCUCCAUAGGUCUAGUCAAGACUGGUGACUAUCUGCGGUCUAUGGCUGAUGGUGCCGGCAUCUGGGAAGAUGAAGAUGAACGCCGGUUCUACGAAAAUUUAGUUGACCUCAAGGGCAAGGUUCCGGCCAUCCUUUUAGAUGACGGCAAGAAGAAGAAAUCGGAGACCGAAGAGCAGGCUGCCAAGAAGCCAGACUCGACUGAAGGCCCAGAAGCCACAAAGGCCCCGGAAGCCAUCGACGAUCAAUCGAUGGCCAUUGCCAACAAGACUAUUGGAGCCCAAGUAGAUGCCAUAUUGGCACGGUUGCCUGACCUUACGAACAAAGAUAUUAUUGAUCAGACGGCUAUUGACUUUUGUUUUCUCAAUUCCAAGGCUUCUCGCAACCGACUGGUCAAGGCGCUGACAGAAGUUCCCAAAGGUCGGAGUGAUCUGCUGCCUUCUUGGGCACGUCUGGUCGCUACGCUAGGGAGAUAUAUGCCAGAUGUCCCAAAAGGACUGGUCGACUAUCUGGAUGCAGAAUUUCGUAGCUUGCAACGCCGUAAAGAAAAAGAUUUCCUGGGCCAAGUUCGGCUUAGCAACAUUCGGUAUUUGGCAGAGCUCACCAAGUUUGGCGUUGUCCCCGAACAUGUUGUCUUUCACUGCCUGAAAGUUAGCCUUGACGAUUUCUCUCGCAUGAACAUUGAAAUCCUGUGCAAUUUGAUCGAAAAUUGCGGCCGGUAUCUUCUCAGGAACCCUGAAACAGCGCCUCGAAUGGCGAGUUUCCUUGAGACAUUGCAGAGAAAGAAGUCUGUGCAACAUAUUGGCCAGCCAGAGAGAAUGCUCAUUGACAACGCCGUGUACCACGUUGACCCUCCAGAGCGACCUGCCAUCGAGCAGAAAGAACGAACCCCGAUGGAACUCUUUAUUCGAAAGUUGAUUUAUGGCGAUAUGACUAAACGGAAUUAUAGCAAAAUUCUAAAGCAGAUUCGCAGGCUUCAUUGGGAGGAAACAGAGGUCGUUGCUAUCUUGGAGAAAGUCUUUUCUAAACCUGGCAAAGUGAAAUAUGGAAAUAUCCAUCUUCUCGGCAUUCUUUUGAGCGCGCUCUACCGGCAUCAUCCACACUUUGUAGUCAAGGUCAUUGAUAACGUUCUUGAAUCCAUUUGCUUUGGGCUAGAGCAGAACGACUUCCGAUUUUCCCAGCGCCGCGUCGCCGAGGUCAAGUACCUCGGGGAGCUCUACAACUACCGCAUGCUGGAACAUCCAGUCAUUUUUGAUACAAUGUACAAAAUUGUACUGUUUGGAUACAAUGGACCCCCUGUUAUGGGCAAACUCAAUGUUUUUGACCCGCCAGACGAUUACUUUCGGAUCCGUCUCAUCUCCAUCAUGCUAGAAACUUGUGGCAUGUUCUUUAAUAGAGGCGCCGCUGGGAAGAAGCUUGACUACUUCCUCUCAUUUUUCCAGUAUUACGUCCAUACGAAAUCGCCUCUGCCAUUGGACAUUGAAUUUCUUGUUCUUGAUACCUUUGCACUGACCAGGCCUCAAUGGAAAUUCGUGGAAGAUAUUGAGGAGGCGACCAAGGCUUUCCAACUUGCUAUCGCUCAGGAUCAGAAGACCGCAGGAGUUGACAGAGUUGCUGAAGCAGACGACGCUACGAGCGGGCCAUCGUCUGAAGAUGAAAACGGCGACAUGGACGACGUAGAAGCGGAUGGCGACGGUGACGAUGAAAGUGCUUCAGAGGAAGAAGAGGAAGCAGAGGAUGGCGACAAUGGCUCUACCCAUGAGAGCGAAUACGACGAGGCCAUUAUUGUGACCAGGCAAGAGGAAGUUGUAGAUCCCGAAGAUGAAGCGGAAUUCGAACGAGAAUACGCCAAGAUGAUGUCGGAAAGCCUUGAAUCUCGCAAGUUCGAGCGUAAACAGCUGUUUGAUGUGCCGCUCCCUGUGCGAUCUAGAAAUCGUGAACAGUCCAUGUCCACCGCCGGCUCUGGGGAGACGGGACAGAGCGGUACCAUGGCAUUCUCUUUGAUGACAAAGAGAGGCAACCGGCAACAGACUCGCACAGUCGAAUUGCCUUCGGACUCGACGUUUGCAAUUGCCAUGAAGACACAGCAACAAGCAGAGAGAGAGGAACAACAGCGCAUCAAAAACCUUGUGCUCAAUUAUGACCUUCAGCAGAGCGAUGAUCAAGAUGGUGAGUGCAACGAACGACCGGCAACAUUCUAUCAUAAUCGGGUAGAUAAGCCGAACAAGGACCGCGGUCAGCGUGUUCGGAAACUGCAGCUUAGCGACGUGGAUUGGUAG